GUCAUGAAAGUACUUGCAAUGUAUAAUCCCAAACCCAAGAUACUCAGUCGAUUGUUGUUCAAGACUGUUGGCAGAAUGGUCAGACUGUGGCAGCGACUAAAUAGAUUCAAGUUACAUGAUUGGGAUCGUUUACAUACUAUACUCGAUGAGAGGAUGGCACAGAUCGACAUCAAUGAGGCAUUGGUUGCCAGUGGAAAGCAGCCAAUCUUACUGCGGCCACUGAUCACCGUGGCCAAUCACACUGCCAACCUGGAUGACCCAUUGAUGUGGGGUGGACUGCCAACAUACAUUUCAAAGGAUCCAAGAUACAUGCGCUGGACAUUGGCUGCAUCCAACGUCUGCUUCACCAAUCUCCUUUACUCAUACUUCUUCACUCUUGGCAAAUGUAUCAAUACAUUCAGGGGCAAUGGUAUAUAUCAAGAUGCAGUUGACUUUAGCAUCGAUAGACUGUCAGAAGGACAAUGGAUACAUAUAUUUCCAGAGAGCAAGGUAAAUCAGAAGGAGGAGUUGUUAUACUUUAAAUGGGGCAUUGGAAGACUGGUGGCAGAGUCCAAGCUUCCACCAAUAAUUCUGCCAAUCUAUCAUAGAGGCUUUGAGAAGACUAUGCCUCUGGACCAUUUGGCAAUACCACGUAUCAAUAAGGAUGUUGAUAUAUUCGUUGGAGAACCAUUCGAUUGUGAUGACCUGCAUAGACAGUUCCAAGAGGACAAGGAUAUCGACACCAACAACAAAGACACUGUCCACUCCAAAGAGAAUGACUUACGAAAGAAGAUGUACUACAAGAGUAUAACAACGAGGAUAGAGACAGAAUUCAAACAGCUGCAACAAGAGUCGCUGGUCGUGCUGAAUGCCAGAGGUGUGGAUUUAGGAGUAGGAGGAGGAAAGACAUCCACCGUC